UCCCCGCGCAACCCGUCCGUCAAAAUUCAGUGUCGAACGGACGCCUGUGUGCAGCGCGCGCUGUUAUCAUAGUGAAAAUGACUGAAAUAGAAGAAUUAAUUUCGGAGGUGGAAAGAAAUCCAUGUCUAUGGAACGUCGGUUGUAGUAAUUAUCAAAAUAAAACACAAAGGGACUUGGCCUGGGAAGAUAUAUGCAAAAGAAUCAUUCCACAUUGGAAUGAUUUGAACAUGGAAGAUAGAAAGCAAAUUAGAGAAUAUAAAAAGAAACAAUGGAACAAUGUAAGAGAUGGUUACAGAAAGUACUUAAAUAGAAAUAAAAACACUCCGGUACCCAAAAAAAAAUUCAUAUACGGGGAUGAUCUACAGUUCUUGCUACCCAUCUUGAAAAACAAUAAAUCUCGUGAACGCAACCGUCCAUCAGAAUCGCAUGAUGAUAAUGACGAAGAUAAUGAAGCUUUUGAAAUCGAACUAAAACCAUACACUGAAGACAGUUACGAGGAUGACGAAGAAGAGGAAACUAAAUCAUUUCGUAAAUACAGAACUACAGAGAAGAGGAAUAAAGCUCAACAAAAAUACGAAAAUGACGAAAUACCGUAUCAAAUUUUAAAUAUUACAAAACAGAAAACGGACGACGAAGACAACUACCAAGAUGUGGAUUCACAGUUCUUGCUGAGCUUCCGCGAUUAUAUGAAGGGAAUGACGAGAUCGCAGAAGUUAAAUUUUAAGUUAGGCAUGAUUCAACUUAUACAGCAUGUGACUGAAGAAAAAGUGAGCGAUCCGUUUAGUGAGUGUUGAGGGUAAUUGGUGCCUUAUUUAAUAAAAAUACGAUAAGAAAAGCGUCAGAGGCUUGCAUUCGACAGCUUGAAAGCUGGUUGUAGCUCAGAAACACUGGGCCACAAGACUGUAUCUGGCGAAAUAAAC